AGAGCAACAGCUCAAAAAGCUGAGAACCGGGAUGUGAACUGUCCUUGAUGAUGUUCUGAGCUCUGCUGAGGCACCGGGUGGAGUAGAUGUCCAUGAGGGAGGGGAGAGGACAACCAACAGUCCUCUGUGCUGCUUUGACUGUCUUCUGAAGCCUCGCUUUGACUGCCUCAGUGCAGCUCCCGUACCAGGUGAGGAGUAGCAGUUGGUUGGAGUGGUCAACUGUUCCAAGACUAUGAAUGAUCAGCUAUGGACCAGAUCACUUUUCAUUAUGACACUGUGCUCUCAGAGGUUCAUAUGCUCUUGCCUAGUGCACAGCACCUUAUGACACGCCUCAACGGUGUUGGACAGCCUGUGUUCAUGUCCAAAUUCAAGAUCUUGGGAGAAAAACACAAUAAUGACCAAGGCAAAGGUAUGGUAAAAGAAGAGAAAUACAAGAACCCAGGGGGAUCCAGUGGAAACUCUAAGACAGGCACUCAUGGAGAAAAUGCAAUUGAAGGUGGGGAAGAAAAUGUGCCAUUUUUGGAUGAGGAUGGGGACUUUGACAUCAUGCAUCGACCGCGGAAAAACCCUUUGGAAGCUAGUGACCGAGACUUGGUCUGUCCAGUCAUUCUCAAACAGUCCAGUCCUGUACUGGAACAAGAGGAGGAAAAUACAGACGAUGAAGAAGGUCAUUGCUUCAAAGAUGUUAUAAGGAUUGAGCACACUAUGGCCACACCCUUGGAGGAUGUUGGCAAACAGGUAUGGCGGGGGGCGUUCUUCCUGGCUGACUUCAUCCUCUCUGAGCCGGCCCUCUUCAGUGGAGCUACAGUCCUAGAGCUAGGUGCAGGAACAGGCUUAACCAGCAUCAUCAUGGCAACCAUAGCCAAAAAAGUGUACUGCACAGAUGUGGGUGAAGAUCUUCUAGGCAUGUGCACAAGAAAUGUAACAUUAAAUAAAUGCAAAAUGGAGCCUGCAGGUGGGGAGGUGAAAGUAAGAAAGCUGGACUGGCUUCAGCAUGGCCUUUGUACAGAUGCUGAUAUGGAGUUUAGUUGGACAGAAGAGGAAGUAGCUGAUCUUCAUAACAGCACAAGCUUCAUCAUUGCUGCUGACAUUUGCUAUGAUGAUGAUCUGACAGACGGCCUUUUCCGAACACUCUACCAACUCUGCAGCAACUUUAAUCACACCUGCACAAUUUUUCUUUCCAUAGAGAAAAGGAUGAACUUCACCCUGCGACACAUGGACAUUUCUUGUGAGGCUUACCAUCAUUUCAGACACUGUCUGUCCCAACUCAAGCACCUGGUGGAUGGGUGGUGCCGCUACAAGGUGGAACAACUCCCUUCGAACUUUGCACAGUUUCUACUGUACGAACGCGUAGAGCAGCUGGAGCUUUGGAAGGUGACUACAACUCCACUUUCUUCUGAGCAAGCCUGACCAAGUUAAGAUGAACUACUUUCAUCUUAACUUGGUAGAACAGCUGAACACUCUUCAGUACUGUCGCAGGACUUAGCAAGCAGUUGAUCCAACAGCUUUAGUUUAAAAAAUGAAAUUGAUGAAACUUAGAAGCCAGAAGUGACCCAUUGGUUCAUUUUGUGAAUGUAGUAUAAUUUGCUUUGAAGCCUGAUUUAUGUAUUCUUAACAGAUUACUGGUAGUUGAAGCCAUUUUGAGUUGAUGGAAGUUCUCUGACUUUUUUAACUUACAGUAACUAGACCUGAAUGUCUGUACAGUACAUGUUUGUACAUUAAGUCUCAUUUAUUACAAGACUGAAUAAAAUUUUAUGUUAUACCAUG